CGUGUGUGUAUACAUGGCCGUUGGGUUUGCCAGAACUCAUCCUUCAUGAAUGUAUCAUUUUUCAGGAUGGCGGCUACCAUGGUAUUUGAUUGCACAGCAAGGACUGCACGCAGUCGGCCGCUGGUGUGGGCCUUGUUAGUGAUUGGGUUGGCGUCCUAUUCACUUCUUCGUGAAACCUCCCAUGUCUCGUUCAAGGACGAAUCCGCUGUGGUAAUCAAAACGACGCCUCCCGUGGAGGAGUCGACAACUUUGCCGUCGGUAGAUUUGAUAAAAACCGUCGAAUCGCCUUCGCUCUCAACAGACGCGAUAAGCACUGCCGAAAUGCCUUUGAUUGUGUGGCUGAUGAGCUACCCUAACUCCGGUACUUCCUACACAAUGACCAUGGUGGAACGAGCGAGUAACUUGAGUACCGCCAGCAACUACGGUGCCGAAGUCACCGAUCCUGCGGAUGUUUCCCUGCCUCUACACAGCUCACAUCCGGAAGGCCCUUACUGGGAAGGAUUGUCGGGCAAGCUUGGGGCCAUUCGCCAUCUUCCUGACCGAUUCGUUCUCACCAAAACUCAUUGUGGCGGACGUUGUGUGAAUUGUGGCGCUGAAGAGUACGUUGUAUCGACUGAGCAAUUCUUGGACGACUGCUCCAGGACGUCGGCGCUCAUGGGUCCCGAAAAUUCACGAGCUGUCCAAAUGAUGAACCCGAAACGGGUAGCUCGUAUGGUGCACCUGCUGCGGAACCCCUAUCAAAAUAUUGUUGCCCGCUUUCAUUUGGAACGAAGGCAUUUUGUACUCAGGGACCCCAAACUGGCAAUCACCUUUCCGAAUAAUGCUACUGGAUUUGCAGCUUGGUGCCGAAAACUUGACAGACUCUACGCCGACGAAGAAUCGAUUUUGGAAUCCAAGGUGAGGGAUUUGAUGCAGAAACUUCCCUGUCACGCGGAAUUUUACAAAUAUGUACAGUGGCAUAACAAGGCCCUAGAGAUUGGACCUUUAAUGAACGGAGGCGCCGAAGUACCGAUGUGGACAAUCCACUACGAAGACUACCAAAAUAACUUCAAUUCGACCGUAAAGGGGUUGAUGGAUUUUUUGGAGCUGUCGAUCGUCAGUACACCGCGGGAAUUUCGAGCGUUGCCGGAUUACAGCGAUCACUUUUCCGAUCGCGACCGACAGCACGCGAACGCUCUCAUGAAGGAAGUCGCAACUUCUAAAACCCGGCCACUGAUUGAAAGAUAUUUGAAUUAAUAUAACAGUUUCUUGCCAAGU